UAGAAACCCUCCACAACCAAAAAUCCUUCCCCAUGGCCCCCUCCCCGGCGGCCGUCCAGGUGCGCUGCGCCGGCUGCCGCGGCGUCCUCGCCGUGGCCGCCGGCAUGACGGAGUUCAUCUGCCCCAAAUGCCGCAUGGCGCAGCGCCUCCCACCGGAGCUCAUGCCCUCUUCCCCGCCCAAGGCAUCCCCAACUCCGCCUCCUCCCCCACCCCCUCCCGCUCCCGCUCCUCCUCCUCCUCCUCCUGCUGCUGCUGCAGCUCCCCCGCCGCCUCCUCAGCCUCAGCCUCACCCCGCGCCUCUCCCUCCCCGCCGCUCCGGCCCGCGGGCGCAGGGCGUGGACCCCACCAAGAUCCAGCUCCCCUGCGCGCGCUGCAAGGCCAUCCUCAACGUGCCGCACGGCCUCGCCCGCUUCAGCUGCCCGCAGUGCGGCGUCGACCUCGCCGUCGACAUCUCCAAGCUCCAGCAUUUCCUCGCCUCCGCCCCGCAGGGCUUCGUCCCUCCUCCGCCUCCGCCCCCGCCCCAGCCUCCUGUCCCGCUGCCGCACAUGCCCUUCCUGCCCAUGCUGCCGCACAUGCAGCAGGUGCCCAUGGCUCCCAUGCCCCCGCCGCCUGAACUGCCUGACGAGAUCAAUGAGGUUGCAGUUGAUGUUGAGCGCGAGGAAGAUGAAGGUGGCACUAUUGGGGAAACUUUCAUGGACUAUAGGCCUCCCAAGCUAUCUCUUGGUCUUCCUCAUCCGGACCCUGUGGUAGAAACUUCAUCUUUAUCAGCGGUGCAACCCCCUGAACCUACUUACAACUUGGCUAUUAUGGAUGAAUUGGAAGAGACCAAGGCUCUGUCUUGCUUACAAAUUGAAACUAUAGUGUAUGCUUGUCAGAGGCACCUUCACCAUCUCCCUACUGGUGCUAGAGCAGGUUUCUUCAUUGGUGACGGAGCUGGUGUUGGUAAAGGACGCACAAUUGCUGGAUUGAUCUGGGAAAAUUGGCAGAAGGGAAGACAUAAGGCCUUGUGGAUUUCCAUCGGUUCAGACUUGAAAUAUGAUGCUCGUCGAGAUCUGGAUGAUGUUGGUGCAAAAUGCGUGGAAGUGCAUGCUUUAAAUAAGCUGCCAUAUUCUAAGUUAGACUCCAAGGCCAAUGGGAUCACAAAUGGAGUUGUUUUUGUAACUUAUAGCAGUUUAAUAGCAUCAUCUGAGAAAGGCUAUUCCCGUUUGCAGCAGUUGGUACAGUGGUGUGGAUCUGACUUCGAUGGUCUUCUAGUUUUUGACGAGUGCCACAAGGCCAAAAAUUUGAUUCCCGAAGCAGGAGGUCAGUCCACCCGGACUGGUAAAGUGGUUCUUGAGAUCCAGGAAAUGUUAUCUGAAGCUCGAGUGGUUUACUGCUCAGCAACUGGUGCAUCGGAGCCUCGAAAUUUAGGCUACAUGGUUCGGCUUGGUCUUUGGGGAGACGGAACAUCAUUUCAGAAUUUUCAACAGUUUCUAGGUGCUCUUGAGAAAGGUGGUGUGGGUGCUCUUGAACUUGUUGCUAUGGACAUGAAAGCCAGGGGUAUGUAUGCUUGCCGCACCCUGAGUUAUAAGGGCGUUGAUUUUGAUGUUGUGGAGGCACCUCUAGAAGAAAGAAUGAUGAAUAUGUAUAGAAAGGCAGCUGAAUUUUGGGCUGAGCUGCGUGUCGAACUCCUAUCUGCAAUUGAGUUUUAUACAGAAGACAAGGGCAAUUCGACUCAGAUAUGGCGGCUAUACUGGGCUAGUCAUCAGCGUUUUUUCAGGCAUAUGUGUAUGUCUGCAAAGGUACCUGCUGUUGUGAGGUUGGUGAAAGAAGCCUUAGCAGAAGAAAGAUGUGUGGUAAUUGGUCUCCAGAGCACUGGAGAAGCUCGGACAGAGGAAGCUAUCACAAAAUAUGGCGUUGAAAUGGAAGACUUUAUUUCUGGUCCUAGAGAGUUGCUUCUUAAGCUAGUAGAAGAUAACUAUCCUUUGCCUCCAAAACCCGAUUCUUUUCUGCAAGAUGAAGAGAAAGUCACGGAGGUCCAGCGUAAGCGGCAUUAUGGACCUGAUGUCUCCUCUAAAGGGCGAGUUAGGAAACUCGCGAAGAUGGAAGAUGUGAGUGAUGAUGGAAUGGAUGGGCAUUCUCCAUUGGAGUCGGACCAUGAAUCAACAGAUUCUGGUGAGGAGUUCUAUAUCUGUCAGAUCUGCAAUAUUGAGGAGGAGAAGAGCCAGUUGCUUCAUUGUUCCAGUUGUGCUACACGCGUUCACCCUGGUUGUCCUAUUCCACCUUGGACUGGUAUGUUGACUGAUGAUUGGUCAUGUUAUGCAUGCACCGAGAAGGUAGAAGGCUAUUUUAAAGAGAGAGAUGCUUACAUAGCUGAACUAUCAAAGAGGUAUGAUGCUGCAGUGGAGAGAAAGUCAAAGAUUUUAGACAUCAUUCGUGCCUUAGAUUUGCCUAAUAAUCCUCUGGAUGAUAUUAUUGAUCAGCUGGGUGGUCCUGACAAUGUUGCAGAAAUAACUGGAAGGCGUGGUAUGCUAAUAAGAGCAUCAGAUGGAAAAGGUGUUGUUUACCAUGCGCGGAACACGAAAGAAGUUGCAUUGGACAUGAUCAAUAUGCAUGAAAAGCAGCUAUUCAUGGACGCAGAAAAGUUCAUUGCAAUAAUAUCGGAAGCAGGAUCGGCUGGUGUUUCCUUACAUGCUGAUCGAAGGGUAAAAAAUCAGAGGAGAAGAGUACACGUAACUCUUGAACUUCCUUGGAGUGCAGACCGUGCAAUUCAGCAGUUUGGGAGAACCCAUCGUUCUAAUCAAACUUCUGCACCUGUAUACAGGAUUCUUUUUACAAACCUUGGUGGUGAAAAGCGAUUUGCAUCAAUUGUGGCAAAGCGACUAGAGUCUCUUGGAGCCUUAACACAAGGAGAUCGAAGAGCUGGACCGUCACUUAGUGCUUUUAACUAUGACAGUAACUAUGGAAAGAAAGCCCUGACAAUGAUGUACAGAGGUAUAAUGGAACAGGAUGCAUUUCCAAUUGUGCCUUUGGGAUGCUCUGAGAAUCAACAUAGUCUCCAGGAAUUCAUCACGAAAGCAAAAGCUGCUUUAGUGGCAGUUGGAAUUAUCAGGGAUCCUAUAAUCUCCAUCGGCAAAAAUGGAGGAAAGCUUACUGGUAGGAUUAUUGAUUCUGAUAUUCAUGAUGUGGCCCGUUUCCUCAAUCGAAUUCUGGGGUUAGCUCCAGACAUCCAGAAUAAGCUAUUUGAUCUUUUCACAAGUAUACUCGAUAUGGUCAUUCAGAAUGCACGCACUGAAGGACAGCUUGAUUCUGGUAUUCUAGAUAUCAAAGCGAAAAGUGUUGAAAUGAAAGAAUCACCCAAGACAGUUCAUGUUGAUAGCCUUUCUGGUGCUUCUACAGUGUUGUUUACUUUUAUAAUUGACCGUGGAGUUACUUGGGAGUUGGCAAAUGCAAUACUUGAAGGAAAGCUGAAAGAUGGUGCGUGUUCUUCUAAUGAUGGAUUUUAUGAGUCAAGAAGAGAGUGGAUGGGAAGAAGACAUUUCAUGAUAGCAUUUCAAGGCUCAACAGAAGGAAUGUACAGAGUCAUUCGCCCCGCUGUUGGGGAAGCUUUAAGAGAGAUGCCUUUGGUUGAACUUAAAGGCAAGUAUAAGAAGACCUCAUCAAUUGACAAAAUUGGGAAAGGCUGGCAGGAAGAGUAUGAUGCAUCAUCCAAGCAGUGUAUGCAUGGACCCAAAUGCAAACUUGGAAGCUACUGUACAGUAGGCAGAAGAUUACAAGAGAUUAAUAUUUUGGGUGGUCUGAUACUUCCUGUAUGGGGCACGGUUGAAAAGGCCCUAACUAAGCAGGCCCGACAGGUUCACAGGAGAAUACGUGUUGUCCGCCUGGAGACGACAGAUGACAACCAGCGUAUUGUUGGGCUUAUGAUUCCAAAUGCAGCAGUUGAGUCAGUGUUAGAAGGUCUGCAGUGGGUCCAGGACAUCGAAGACUGACUUGAAAUGGACAAGUUAUCAUUGUUAUCAUUUUUCUGUUUGGUGCUGUUGACCAAAUUUGUGCACCUGUGGGCGGAGGCAGCUUAUCAGGUGUAAACCUCUUUUUUGUGUUUUUUCUCCGUUGGGAGCUUGUCAGGUGGAAGUUUGUGUGAUGGAUGAUUGUUAGCCUAGAGAUUAGGAAAGCAAUUGUUAAAGCUUGUGUUUAUUAAAAAACAUUGUCCUGAUUCACUUCUGUGUUUGGCGCCUUGGUUUAUCCUCAUCGCAGACAUGUCGACCUGCAGGCCCACCUGUCAGUGAACGGUGAUUAUACAUACUCUGUUUUAAGAUGACUGGCAACCAUUUAAAAGGUUACCAUGCUGAUUUAUCUGGCGAUGUAGAUAGGUGUUUGGGUUGAACACUGUUCCACUGAUAUUGAAGUGUGCGAAGGGAUGUACGAUUUGUGUUUAGCAACAGUUGUAAACACCGUUCUGUAAUCCAUAAUUCGGUUUAAUCCCAUGGAAGUCUAGUGUUAUGUU